AUUUUAGGUUUAUAUUUGACCGGAAAUGACUUCAAUUAGUGCGCACGACACAGAUAUUGUUUGUUGACACACCUUUGAGGGGCUAUCUUAUUUACAAUCGUAAAGUAAAAGUGAAUAUUACAAUAUGUCAGGACCACCACCACCCUAUCCAGGAGAAAAAGGUCAAGAAGCUGGAUACCCACCUCAACCUCAAGGUUAUGGACAACCUCCACCACCUCAGGGAUACCCACAAGGAGGAUAUGGUCAGCCGCAGCCAUAUGGACAUCCAGGCUAUGCAGGUGGUUACCCUGCUCAGCCAGGUUAUGGACAACCUCAACAAGGAUAUGGACAGCCUCAACCAGGAUAUGGACCACCUCCUCCACAAGGAUAUGGAGGACAACAGCAACAAGGACAUACCACAGUAGUUGUAGGACAGCCCACCACCACAGUUUUGGUCCAACAGUUCCGUGAAGCUCCAGUUAAUACAUCAUGCCCACAUUGUCAUGCACAAGUUAUAACAGCCACCCAGUAUGAGACUGGUACCUUUGCCUGGAUCAUAUGUCUGGUUUUGUGUAUUGUUGGAUGUUGGCCAUGUUGCCUGAUCCCAUUCUGUGUUGAUGGCUGCAAAGAUGUAACCCAUUCAUGUCCAAAUUGUAAACAGGUUAUCAGUCGCUGGAACAGAAUGUAAAAACAAAGGAUGUAGUCUGCAGUUUCAGGAAGUGGAAAAGUGAAAAUGGUUAAAGGAACGAUUUCAGUAGACAUCAAAAUAUAAUCUUAUCUGUCAUCAUGUGAUUUUCCAAUAUGCAAAUUAAUUUUGGUAUAUUUUAGAUCUUUUGUCUCUGUUCAUUUCCAGUAUUAAAGUAUAACAAAUAGAAGAUCAUCAUACAUUUGUAACCAUUUACACUCUAAGUAAUUGAUUUAGAAUUUUAUUCAAAUUUAUAAAUUGCAAUCGUAGAAAAUAAAUUUGUAUCUACAUUCCAUCAUUUUGAAAGAGUGAUCAACAAGAUUAAUACCAUUAGGCAUCAAAUUAACUAAUUUUAUUAGUUUAAUUUAAUUUUAAUAUAUAUAUAUAAUGGCAUCUAAUUUUAGAAAAGAUCUGUUCGAAAAACAGGCAUUGAAAUUACUCUAAUUUCUUAUUAAGAAAAGAUCUGUUUGAUUAACAGGCAUUGAAAUUACUAUAAUUUCUUAUUUAGAAGAUAUAUUUUUUAAAAUUCUUCAAGCUUUAUUUAUGUGUAAGAGGCUUUUUUAAAAGGUUGUGUUACUAUACAUAAUAAGGUCAUAAUAUUGUGUACAAAUUAUAUUAAAGAGUUCAUAUUAUAGCAGUCAUUAAGGCAAAUUGUUUAUUAAUCUGUGCAGGGACCACACGUUGAAUUUGUAGGCACUAAAUUCAAAAAUGGAUAGAGACUAGAUCUCAGCAUUGUGUAUUUACAUGUGCUUCUGCAAUCAACAAUCUUUCUUUAUGACUGCCGAUACAGUUACAAUCAUAGGGGGUCUCAUUGGGGGGUUCCGAUCCCGGAUCCCACUUACUGUUUUGACAGAGAUUCCCGUAUCCCUCUUACACUAUAUCCGUAAGCAAUUCUCAUUUUUUUGUCAUUUCCUGGGUCCAACUAGACCUCAUUUCCCGUUUUUAUGACACAAUAAUUUGACUUUCACGUGUCAAGCUUACAAAUAACGGCAAUCCCUCAUCACGCUUAGACCCCAAUGAGACCAACAUCAUAUAUUGUAAUAAAAGAGCACAAGCUCCUAUGUCUUGCCUUGCAUUUAUUUUAUCUGUAAAAAAAUGUUGGUUCUUUAUCAAAUUUAUUUAAAUUAGAUCUCUAGAUUUUAUUUUAUGAUUACUUUGAAAAUCUUUUCAAGAUAUUUAAUUAAGAGAUUGAAAGAUUUGUUAUGCAUAUCUAUAUCAUUUGUUUUAUUUCAUUAAUUUUUUAUAAUUCUUUUGUGAUAUGGUUUUUAAAUUUAACCAUUGAGUGUGUUUUUUUUUUUUUAGUUAUAACUGCCUAUUUUAAUAAGUUAAGUUUUCAUUGUGUUGUUCAAGAAUGAUGAAAAUUAUUUUCUGCCAAAUAUUUCAAUUUCAGUCUUAAAAUUCAUGAAAUAAAAACAAAUUAUGAACGAAAGAAAGAAAAUAAAAGUCUCAAUUUUUAGUAUUUUAUAGAAUAAGUAACCAUAGAUUGAAAUAGAAUCUUGAAUUAAGACUGUUAUCCUUGAAACCAUGUGUCAUUCUAUUCUUUUACAUUAAAAAUAACAAGUUUUAUCUAUAGUUCAUAGAUGAUGAUUUUCAUCAAUAUUUUAUUUCAUUAAAUGUACAGAAACAUAUUGUUUAUUAUAAUGCAUUUUAUCAUUUACCCUAAUCCAGGAAAAAAAUAUACUGUGGAUUCAUUUAUUUUUGUGGGUAUCAAAUUUUGUGGAUUGCUGAAAACUUGCAUAUUCGUGGAUAUUGAAAAGAUGAUAUUCAUUGAACAUUUGAUUUUGUGGUUCCACUGUACCCACGAAAUCCAUGAAAAUUGGUAUCCAACAAAUAAUAAUGAAUCCACAGUAUGAUUCUUUUUGAUGAGUGAUGUGCAGUGGAAAGGUAGUUAUGGUUUGAAUAUUUUUUGGAGAACAUCAAGAUUACUAAGGAAUUUGCAAGAUUGUAAGGGGAUUGAGAAAGAACAUCCCCCAUAUUUUUUCUGUAUAAUUUUUCUGUGGAAUAGCUUUAACAUGAUAUCAAAAUCACACUAAAAGUUGUUAUAUUUUAUUAUACAUAUAUUAUACAUAAUUGUUUUAAUCUGUCAGUAAUACUAUACAUGUUUUGUCUUAAAUUUUCUGCAAGCAGUUUUAUUUCUCAACAGGCAAAACAUUUUUUAUGUAGGGUUUUAAGAUCAAAUUUUAAAGCAAAUUUAAGACUCCACUUUCCUGUAUUUUAUCUGAAUUUUUCUAUUUUAAGAAGAUUGUUUAUAUUUUAUUUGAAUUUUUUUUUUCAAAUGAUGAAUAUGUUAAAAUUUAAAGAAUUUAAAAAUCUUAAACUAUAAAUGGUUUUAAAGGUCCACAAUAUUGUUUUUGAAACAAUUGAUAUACAUGUUCAUAAAUUACAUGUUUUGAUGUAUGUUACUAUAUUAUAGAUGUUAUAAGUAGUUGUAUUCUUUGUGAAAAAAAAGAUUUGUUUUAUCAUUAUCAUCAUUAAAAAUACUAUUUGU